AUGGUCCAAGACCACCAGUCCAGAAACAACCUCACACCAUCACGGAACCCUUUCCAUACUUCUCUGUUGUUAGUGUAUGACGCUCCUGGUAUCUCUCCUUUCGUUUACGAAUUACAGCUGAGUCAGAAUCAUUGCCCUUCAACAAACAGGGGUUUAAGGAACGAAGCCUUUGGACUUAACGUAUUGGAUAACCGUGUCUCUACAGAUGAUGACACUAGCAGCUACCAUAUUUCUUUGACGAUAUGCCUAACUCUCGAAAGGGUUACGCCUCACGCUCAAACAAAGGCUUGUAACAUUCGUGACACUAAGUCUCUUAGAUCUCCCAGGUCUGGUCUUUAG